AUGGAUACCACAAACAACUUGAACGAGUUGCAUAGCGCAGGUGGAGUAGGAUACAUAAACACAUACGAUGUGGAACACAAUGCAAGUGUUCCCAAUUUGGAGGCAAGCAAAAGGCAGUACCUCCCAAUUAGCAGCCCCAAUGUGCAGGUGUUUCAUUCGCUGAACUUUGAAAAUGGUAUGUACAUGAAUGCAGGGGAGGGGCACGUCGUAGGAGGACUCCACAUGAUGAACCAGAGCAUGGUCUUGCCUUCCGCCGCGGGGGUGGACAUUCCUAUGGGCGACACACCUGUCACGAAUAGCCCAAUUGGCAACCACACGGAUGCCCCAAGUGAGGGUCGCCCCGUGGACACCCCGCACACGGUAGACGCCCUCUUCAGUACCAACAAAUAUAAAGUUAAAAAAAUAAAAGAGACACAUAGCAUCAGCGCGGAUUACACGCAGAAGAAAAAUUUAACGAGCAUACUGCCUUUUGAAAAAAUAAUGGAAGAAUACGAAAUUCAAAGUUUAUAUCCUCAAAGCAAAGUGCAAGAAUUGUACAACCAUCAGAAUAUGUAUGAGGAGAAAGGGAGGUAUAAUUUGAUGCCCCCAAAUGGGCAUGUCGCUAACGGCACAAUGAGGAAGGACUUCACUGCGGACUCUUCAGAUGCGUCCCCUUCUCCGUAUUUGUCACAAGGUAACACGCCAAUGUAUGGUGCACAGUAUGCAUGCGGGGCGGGUGUCGAGUCGAGUAACUUCGGUGGCGCAAACGGGGCCAAGGACAGGCACAUCGGUCAAAUGGGCUACGCGGCAAAUAGAGUGACCCCGGGAUCGCCCCUCCAAGUGGAGCACAACACAACAGCGACGGGUCACCCACCCAACAAGGCCAUUCAGACGGACAUCAAAAAUAUUAAUGAAAAGGACAAGGCGGGGACACCUCCUCAUAACGACUGGGAACAGAAUGAACAGUGCACUCAAAACAACCUACUCGAAAUGUAUGACCAUAAACAAAAUAAAAAAGUGAUAUACUAUGCAGUGAAAAACCAUUAUGACCCCACCAAGGAAAUGCAUAAAAAGGAAAAGACCAACUACCCACCCAAUCGACACAAGGUAUAUCAAAAUGACAUAUACGAUUAUUUGCUUCAUCACUACGAAAAAAAUUACAAACACAUUUUGGACAGCAAAUAUUUGGACCAGUCAGUUUUUAAAGGAGAUCAAAAAGAGUUCCUAGCCAGCCAGGCAAACCCACAUACGACCUCACCUAAUGGGACAUACAUCGCAGGAGGGAUACUCAACACAAAGGAGAAUUAUGACAACGCUGGUGAUGAGGAUAAUUCUAAAGGGAAAAAUACAAAUGCAAUGCCUCGUAGCAAUGAAGAGGCAAAUCAAAGCAACCUGGGACAGGUGACCAUGUCGGAUAAUCUUAAGGGAACCCACUUGUGUCGUAAGGACAACUACAGUGUCGACGUAAACGGUGUGCAGGAUGUCACUCCUCUAAAUGGAAGACAAGACAACGUAUAUCAGACGAGUGUGGAAAUUUCAAACCUGUGUGAUGAGGACGCCAUGGACUUAUAUAAAAAUAUUAGCGAGGUGUAUACUCCGAGGCCCAAGUUGUUUGUGUAUGCUGUGAAGGGUAACGCAGAGGGGGACAGGCGGUACAUGGAAGGCAGUCCCAUCGAUGACGUUUUGCCCAAAAUGGACACCCCUCUCGGCGAGCUACCCCUCCAAAUAAAUAAAGAAAUGAAGAAAAUCUUCAAACGAAUGAAGCAUAAAAACACAGUUGUGAUAAGCAACUUGGGUGUGAGGACGGGGUCGUCUACCUUCUCUAAUCACAUCCUAAAGAGCGGCCACGAGCGCGGCUUCUUCGGAGGAUCGGCCGACCACAAGAACUGCGUCUACGCCCACGUGAUGGCUAGCCCGAACAAAAUCAAUUACGUUUAUUUGCACUACAAAUUGGUGCUCGCCGGGGGCAGAAGCAAGAGCGCUGAUAAAGUCAAACGCGACGAUAAACUCAAACGAGACGACAGAAUCAAACGACAUUCUAGCAGGAGCGUUGGACGCAGCAGCUGCGGGGACGGGGAUGUCCCCAGCGAAGUCAACACACUCAUCGCACUGUCCUUCUAUCUCUCAAACAUUAUUAUUUUUCACAUCAACAGUGAGAGCUGUUCGAAGGUGUUUGAUCUGUUGGCACAGUACUACGAUGUGGUGAAGCACAUUAAGGAGAACGUGAAGCGGAGAAGGGACAAGUGUGAGCAGCAGGACAGGGGGAAGGACGUUGGGGGUGACAGCAAAAGUGGAAACAGUGGGCAUCGAAACAGCUUCAGCCAGAGCGGCGCAUCUCUUCCGGACACCCCCCACUCCAAAGGUGGCAACUACAAUGGUGGUAACUACAAUGGUGGUAACUACAAUGGUGGCAACUACAAUGGUGGUAACUACAAUGGUGGCAACUAUAACGGUGGUAACUAUAAUGGUGGUAACGGCGGGGAGGACAACUCUGAGGAAGACAAUUUUGAGGAGGACAAUUUCAGCGUCCCAUAUUUCGUAUUCCUGCUGCGGGACACGACCCUGGGGAGUGCAUCCGGGGCGGACAUAGGGGACACAGAAGGGCCGAGCAAAUUGCCCCCAAGGAAAUCUCUCACGAAAGAAGCAGAAUCGAAAAAAGUGCCCCCCAAGGUGACACGAAAUAGCGCCCCUAAUGUGGUCCCCCCCACGGGAGAUAACCAAAGCGCACGCGCACAGAAGCUACUGGAGGACCUAAUCGAAGGAAUACAAAACCCAGUGAUAAAGAAAAAGGUAAAGUAUCUUCUAAAAUUUUUGGCGAAGAAAAGUCUAUUCCAUUUGCCUCCCCUGAAAGAAAAAAACAAAGAAGAAUAUGCAAUACAAAUGAGGAAAAUAAAAAAAGACAUCUUCAUCAAUGGCAAAAAUGUAGAAUACAUGUACCCGAACAAUGGAAUAUAUGUGUAUAAAUAUUUAAACAUGCUAACCUACACAAUUAACAGGAACAUUUUCUACACUCCCAAUUAUUUAAAAAAAAAAAUGGAAAGUUGUGAAUGCAAAACUUUACAUAAUGUCUUAACAGAUAAUUUCCUCUUCCACGUCAGAAGAAAAAUAGAAAAUAAACUCCCCAUGAAACCUAACCUAUUCCUAACCCUAAUAAAUGAUAUAAAAAUUGAAUUUCUCCUCAGCUUUGAGACCCUGUGUAUCGGAAAUUCAAAAUUGAAGAGAAAAUAUAAAAACCAGCUGUGCCACAACAUUGAUGUGAUUGUAUUAAAAGCCUACAAAGAAAAUAUUGCUUUCAGUUGCUUCAUCUUUUUUAAUAUAAUCGAUAAAAAAAUUAGCAAACUUCAAAUUUAUAAUAAAAUUAACAAACGGAAAUAUGAGCAUUUUGAUCAACUCAGAAAUGACAUCGAUAAUAUAAACGAUGGAUCCAUUGACAAUCUUAUAUAUAAUGAAAUCCUUGGAAUAAAAAAGGAGGAAAUUUUGACCUACUUCAUUAAGACCUAUUAUAGCGGAUUUACUUCAAGGAAAGGCUCGUCUUUCGUUCGUGUACAGCAGGAAAAUGAUGCACAAAGUCAACAUGAAUAUAAUACUCAUACAGGAGCAGGAUAUACUAAGGCGACAAAAAAGAACAGCUACAACUCCGACUCGACUGUCGACCCGGACCAGUUUGCGGACCCAUGUGGUCAUCAAACAAGUCGAAGAAGUGUAAGUGGGGCCCGCGUCUUGCGAAUGAAUACCACUGCAUCCUCUGCAUUGUUGCGCCGAGGAAGUCGCCAUCACAGUGAGAAGGCAUUCUCCAAGGGACAGAGCCACUCCUCCAGUGAUCAGCACUCUCACAAUUACGACACACCAAAGCAGAUAAAGGGGAAUAAAUACAAAUCGGAUGGACACUCAUUAAGGGGAAAGAAUUCAUCGUGCGAAAGUUCAGUUUCAAGUCACCACCAGAAAGGAGGUCCAAAGGACCCCACCGAUGGUAGACGCACCAAGCACUACACGGAUGAAGAAGACAAGGGAAAGAAGACCCACACGAAAAAGCCUCUCCACAAAUUCAAGUCUGACGUAGAAUUGCAAAACGAGCGAAAGAUAAAAAUGAUACAAGAGAUCCAACUGGGGGAUCGACACAUUUCAAAGAAGUACCACAGUGUUGAUUAUAAGAAUGCACUUCCGGCCAGUGUUCACCAAAAUGAGAUCAGCGAUUCCAAUUCGUAUGAGCCAUCCUACCAUGGAGGGGCGGCUCUUCAAACAAAGGCGACUCCCCAACACGCGGGGGUGCAAUCUUGGCCAAACACAACCGAACGAAUUAAGAAGCAGGAAAAACAACACCAAAAAAAAAGAUAA